AAGAACUUAAAAUUCAUUUCAACUUCUGAUCAGUCAGACCUCAAGUUAAGCAACUUUUCCGAAAAUGUCGAAGUUCAUUUUGCUUCUCGAAAAAGGACCGAAAUAUUGGCUAAGGCUAGAGAUUUUCUCUUACAUUGUGACUUCUCCGUUCCUCAAGAGAUUAUGAGAAAGGGUUCUCAACCAAAAAAUGGAGCAGGAGUAGCUGCAGAGUCUAUUGAUCGGCUUGUCCAUUUGCUUUUCCUGUCAGAGAGGUAGGUGUUUGGUGUCCGAAGCAGCUUCAAAGCUGAUGGCUCUAGUUCAUCAGACGACACUGAAGGAUGUUUGCUUGUCAUCUCCAAAAGUUGCACCUGAAUUUUAUCGUGCUUCUAAGGAUGCAAUACUUCUGUAUGAAGCAGUUUUUCCUGUCAAG